UCCCUAUUUGUGAUUGUAAACAAGAAGAAAAAUGAGGAGGGAAAUGAUAAUUAGGACUAAUUGGGUUACAGUUUGAUGAGAGUGAUAUCGCGAUGGAACGUUUGAAUUUUUCGGCUGAAAAGAUGAGAAUAAUUGUAGUUUUCAUUUUCUUGUUGAUAUUCUUAAGUGAGGCGGCGAGACAGGCGCGGGUGACGGACCACGACCUGCAGCUGUGGAGCGAGGAGCUGCUGGACAAGGACGUGAACAACGCAGCGUGCUUCGUGCACGUCAACUACCAGGCCAGGACGCGGUCCGGCAGCACGGCCGACCAGGCCCCCCAGCCGCUGCUGACGGUGGACCGGCGGGCCCUGCAGCUGCCCACGGUGGCCAAGGUGCUGCGGCUGUUCGACAACUACGUGGCGGACGCGGGCGUGAACGAGCAGGUGACGGCCGCCGAGCUGCGGGAGGAGGCCGAUCUGCUCGACGCGUUCGUCGCCACGCCCGUCAUGCGGCACGCCAGGCAGUUCCUGCUGGAGAAAGGGCUGGUGUCGACGCGGCCCGACGCCUUCAAGACGUUGCUGCGCGACCUGUGGUUCACGGUGUUCUCGCGCGGCCAGCGCCGGACGGGCAGCAGCGCGUUCGAGCACGUGUUCCUGGGCGAGCUGAAGAGGGGGGAGGUGUCGGGCCUGCACAGCUGGAUCUUCUUCGGCCACGAGGAGUCCCGCCGGCAGGCCAACUACCUCGGCUGGAUUCGGAAGCUGGACCUGGGCUCCAAGGGGUCGGUGCUGAAGCUGGCGUACACCUGGCUGGGCGUGCGCAAGCCCGUGGGGUCCAUGUUCGUGGGGACGAGCCCCGAGCUGGAGAUGGCCGUGUACACGGUGUGCUUCCUGACGCGCGCCAACGAGCGCUGCCGCGUCAGCCUGGGCGGCGUCGUGCUGCACGUCAAGACCUACAGCUUCAGCGUGCGCGGCCGGUCCGUCAUCAGCAGCGCCUACCCCGACAUCUGACGCCGCGACGCUCUCGGGCUCUUGUCUGUUGGGUUUAACAUUGGGGAAAACAUCUCACAUUAGAGGCCGUGCCGUCUGUUGCGGUGGCCGCCUGGCCGUGCCACUGAACAAAUGGCGCACAGAACUCCGCAUGUCAACAACGCACCACUUAAGAUCUAUCAAAGGUGUCUCAGUCAGUGGCGUAGCCAGGGUUUGUGUAUGGGGAGCUGUUAAGAAGCAUGCUCUUCCCCCCCCUCCCGUCCCAAUAUUAAAGCGGGGUGUCCGGGGGUCCUUCCCCCGGGAAAAUUUGGAUUUUAAGGUGUAAAAUAGUGCUAUUUUAGCAGUUUUCGGUUCUUAAAUUUAAAUAUUGUAAUGGUAAAAAUUUUAAUAAUUUUAAUUUGAAAUUUGUUUGAGUGAUGAAUAAGAAAUUAAUUAAAGAUUUUGGUGCUAAAGGGCGGGGGGGGGGGGGGUGGUUGAACCCCCCCCCCCCCCCCCCCCCCCGGCUACGCCGCUGGUCUCAGUAUGAAUAACAUUUAAAAAAACAUUAAACUUGCCUAUGCAAGUUUAGUUUAGUGGUUUCGUUUUGAAAUUUUUUUUUUGUACAGUGAAAGAGUUAGUAAGCAACAUGGUAAGUUGUACGUAGAUAUGCAAGGAGCCUCUGUCAUCAAUAUUCCACCAUAAAAUUAUUAUAGAGUCGCUCCUUAGCCUCGAAGAGGCACAUUACUAGAGGUCUGCAAGUAUGUUCCAAGAAUAUAUGAUAGUCUAUUCAACAUUUCAAAUCAAAUUUUUUUUAAAAAAAUUACAUUGCAUUAUAUAAACGAAGUGGGACUUGUUAACAAAAUAAUUUAAAUGAAAAGACAAAUAUUCUGUGAUUAAGAUUGAAAAUUAUUAAAAACUCGGUUUCUAUAUACAUAAACGGUUGAAUCAACGUAAUUAUAAAAUUAAAAUGUUACUUGUUUAAGAAAAUGCCUUUACAGGUUUUUUAUCUUCUUGCAUUUUACACCAUUCUGUUAUGAUUAUAUUAAUAUAUAUUAAUUACUCUCUUAUUCAUUUCAUUGUACGUAGUUUGCAUCAUUUUUUUAUAGAAGUUUGAAAAAAAGUUUCAUUUAAAUUUGAUUGAAACAAUAUUUGAAAUUCAUGAAUUAUUUGAUAUUUGAUUAGAGUAAAAAAAUGGAUUGCAGAAGCCUACAGCUACCGACGAGAUGACUGCAUGUUGGUUCACUGCCUGGCUCGUAGAGGCUAUCAGGUGUGUAGAACACCAGCCAGUGUGGCUCUUAGCGCCCCCUUGCUCUCAGAGCUCGUGCACCUAGCCAGGUUGGACCCCGUAAGUGAACAGCCUUGCAAACUGGUACUUUCAAGCACAAAUUGGUUUCUGUUUAAUUAAUGCUAUAGUAUUUUAGCUUUUACAUUUUCGUUUGUCAUGAGUGUUACCAUGUUUUAUCGCAUAAUCGUCGCACAUUUUAUGCUAAAAUCAAGUUUCGAAAGAAGGUGUGCAAUUUUUAUGUGAGAAAAGCAUUUUUGUUGAGGUAAAGUUAAUCAUAAAAACAAAACCUAUCCAUGGAGAGUAUGCUUAUUUAAAAAGUAAGAGUAUACAAAAGCACGCCAAACACUUUAUAAGUCGUGCAACAAAAAUAGAAAAAUGAAAAUCGUGACCCAAAUGUGCAGCCGGAACUAACGCAUAACUAUCGUCGUAGUACACACUUACCACAAAAGUGCGGGCUAUCAAAUGUAGUUCAUUCAGCUCUAGACAGACUGUGUGCAUUGCAUGCAAUCAGUGAGCUAUCAAUUUUGAUAUUCGACUACGUGCGCACACUUUAUACGGGCAUCAAUGUAACCAAACAUGAAUGAGGCCAACUAUCUCUGGCUACAGUUUUAUAUGUGAUACACACCGGUGACGAAGAUGAACAGAUAAAAGUUAUAACAUCUUUAAAAGAAAAAAAAAUUACAUAUCGGACAACUUCAUAUUUUGUAAUAUCCAAACGAAUAAGAUUCAUCAUUUUGUACAGGAAAAGAAAUUUAUGGGAAACAUCAUCUUACAUGGAAAAAAAUAAUUUAUAUCUUAUUGAGAAAAUGGCAAAACAGAAAUAUUUCACCAUAUUUGACUGGAAAUCGUACUGCCCGGAUACAUCUUAAACAAGUUUUACUGUAAUUGUAACUACUGUAUGUUCCCAUUAUAACUACAAAACUGCUAUUGCAUGGUACUUUAUCCUGUCAUGUUUACUACCUGCACAAAGUGCUCGGAAUCUAACAGCGGAACCAAAAACAUCAUGCAACACCUAUGCAAGAAUUUUUAUUUUUAUUUUGACGCCCUAAAAUAAUGGUGUGACGUUUAUGAUGUAAAGCACAAUAUUGUUUGUGGGAUCUGCCCAUAGUAAAACACCAGGGUUGUAAUGUGACCAGGAAUAUCAGUAGGGAAUAUCUGGGGGAAAAUAAAGAGGAAGGAAUCUUGACUUGAAAAAAAAAUCUGAGAACUCUAUAUAUUUUGGAAAGCCAUGAAGUGUCCGUUUGUAUUGUUUAAAGUGGCUAUCAAGUUGGAAACAAAUUGUUUAGUUACCUACAUUCCCUGGCUCCAAUCUGCACAUCUAAUGGCAUUUUUUACCCGUUUUCUUCUACACCCUCCGCACCAGACAUGACCGAUAGAAUUGCUGAUAACUGAUGUUUUAACACGUGCCUGCCACAGGGUUCUACCUCGUGUGCUUCCUUUUUAAUGAUUCUAUCACCCUUGGUAAACUACUCUAGGCACAACACAUUAACUCCAUUAUUGAUGAACUGCACUGUUAAUUAAAUGAUUAUUUUUGUUCUUUUUGGAAAUUGGUCUCGGAAAUCUGCUUAUAGUCAGUCGUUCCUUUUAGUCAAAUGUUGAUCAAAGUAGAAGCAGUAUUUUUAUAUAGUUUUCUUGUAGAGAAAAGUAAUCCUUACCAUUUGUCAGGUGGCUUAGUGGAAGAUUGCUUGAAACUAGUUUUAAAAACAGCUGUGUAGAAGUAAGGACGCUGAUCUCUAUACCAUUUACAUUUAAGUGAAGAAAAGCGACACCUGGAACUGAAAUCUGAAAUCAGAGUAAAGUUAAGUUGGAGUAUGUACUUUGAUAUAAACCAUGGUUGGCUUUUGUUAAAAUAUUCUUUUAACUGUUUUCAUGACCUGCAAAUUUUCUAAAUGAUGUUUAUUAGAAAUCUUUUUUUCUUUAAUUAAUUGUAAAUAUAUAGUAGGUAUAAUUUAUUUAAUGGAAUAAGGUACUACCAUAUAUUAUUUCUGAACAUACAGUGUGAUUUUUCCUAUGGCAUUUAUUACUUUAUUAGAGAUUACUUUUAAGCCAGCAUCCAACUGCCUGAUCACAGAAGCCAUAGCUUGAUUCUUUGAGCUAUGACUUGACUAGGAGAAUGCAUUUAUCACAUUUGCAAUGAUUUUAAUUUUUAUGUGCAUUUCACCUUUUUUUGGGAGAAAACAUUAAAUUUUCACUUUUUUUUUU